GCGUGCGUGCGUGUCUGAGUGUGUGUGAGUGAGUGUGUCCUGGCAUGUGACGGGGAGGGAAGAGGUUGGGGCACUGAGGUAAAGCAAAGCAAAGCAAAUCACAGAACAACUAGUAUCGGAUAGAGCCUCAUCUGGAUUGUCGGUUUGUCACUUACCGAUACUUCUCUGCACGCGUUAUUAAAAUUAACACAUAAUAUACCCACUCAUCGUAAUUCUCCCGUGAGCCUCAGCGGUACUCUAUCUCCCCAUGAAGGCCUGGAUCGCUCUAAGUUUAUGUUAGCAGUCGGACGUUAGCUCCCCAACGCUAGCUCUGUUGCUGUUUACUUCACACAACUUGUCAACGGCCGAUCGAUCGUGGACCGGACUCAGGACUGCGGUUUCCCGUCUACUACCCAUCAGUUGUUUUGGCAGUUCUUUAAACUCCAGCGAAUGAGCAGCGACACUACCAGGAGAGUGGAGCUAUGAUGGCAACGUGACAAGAGGGAAGCCGCUGAGUCAGCUUCAACAGGAACCAUGGAAGGUUUUCAGCAAACUGACACAGAGCAUAACAAGGUGAAUGGUUACUGUAAGCCCAGAUUCCCUCAGGACAAUGCAGAUGUCAGGUGGACAUCGCCAGUGGGAGAAUCUGGAGGUUCAGACAGCUGUGGUGCCACAAGUGUGUCAGAGCUGACGGACCUACAAGAGCUGAAGGCCAGAGAAAGUGAUGAUGAUGAGGAUAGGGAUGAAACAGAAGUGGUGUCUGUCCCUAAAGGUCCAAACGGGGACCAGAAGAGCCCAGAAAAUCACGAUCAGGAGGAAAAUGAUCACAGCAAGCAAAACAGCAGUGCGGCAAGUAGCUACACAGAUCUGUCCCACACCUCCUCGCCCUCUCUAUCGGAGCAGCUGCGUCUUGGUCGUGAGGACAGUGCAGGGUCUGGGAUCAGUGUGGAGUGUAAAGUCUGUGGGGAUAAGGCUUCUGGCUUUCACUAUGGCGUACACGCCUGUGAAGGUUGCAAGGGCUUUUUCCGACGGACCGUACGAAUGAAACUGGAGUAUGACCGAUGUGAGCGGUCGUGCAAGAUUCAGAAAAAGAAUCGCAACAAGUGCCAAUAUUGUCGCUUCCAGAAGUGCCUGUCUUUGGGGAUGUCCCAUGAUGCGAUCCGAUACGGACGUAUGCCUGAGGCGGAGAGGAAGAAGCUGGUUGCAGGCUUGCUCGCUGAGGAACUCAACCUUGGUAAACCAGGUGGCUCUGACCUGAAGACCUUGGCCAAACAAGUCAACACAGCCUAUCUGAAGAACCUCAGCAUGACCAAGAAGAGGGCCCGCAGCAUCCUGAUGGGCAAAACCAGCAGCACCUCACCUUUUGUGAUCUACGAUGUUGAUACACUGUGGAAGGCCGAGAGUGGAUUGGUGUGGAGCCAGUUGGUCCCUGGUGCACCACUGACCAAGGAGAUCGGGGUCCACGUAUUCUACCGCUGCCAGUGUACCACUGUGGAGACCGUACGAGAGCUGACCGAGUUUGCCAAGUGCAUUCCAGGGUUUGUGGACCUCUUUCUAAAUGACCAGGUGACUUUGCUCAAGUAUGGUGUGCACGAGGCUAUUUUUGCCAUGCUGCCCUCUCUCAUGAACAAAGAUGGACUGUUGGUGGCCAACGGAAAAGGUUUCGUCACCAGGGAGUUCCUGCGAAGCUUAAGGAACCCUUUCAAUGAGAUCAUGGAGCCAAAGUUUGAGUUUGCUGUCAAGUUUAACGCCCUGGAGCUGGAUGACAGUGACCUGGCACUAUUUGUUGCUGCCAUUAUUCUCUGCGGAGAUCGUCCCGGGUUAAUGAACGUGAAGCAGGUGGAGCAGAGUCAAGACAGCGUCCUCCAGGCAUUGGACCUCCACCUCCAGGCAAACCACUCGGACUCCCUCUACCUCUUCCCCAAGCUGCUGCAGAAGAUGGCCGACCUCCGUCAGCUGGUUACUGAGAACGCUCAGCUUGUCCAAAAGAUUAAAAAAACUGAAUCAGAGACUUCGCUGCACCCUUUACUACAGGAGAUCUACAAGGACAUGUAUUAGUGUGCUUCUAGCAAUACUGUUACAGACUUAAUUUUUACAUUUUUAAAUAAUACACUGCAUUCAGUACAAGCACUGUUCAGGGUUUAGGCACGGAUUUUUUUUUAUUAUUCUUUAUUAAGUGAGUCAGUCAAGUAGCAGGGAUAAUGCAAUCAGUCUUCAAAAUGUGUCAGCACUACCUUCAACACAACAGUGUGAUUGUAUGCAAGUAUGUUAGAGAGAGAGAGAGAGAGAGAUAUGAACAUCUGGAAUCAUUUGCUGCAAGUGUUCGUUUCCCACAACGGUCACUUAACAGAGAAGAUGAAAUGUUUUCUCACCCAGGCUGCUCCUAUUACAUCCUCACAGCAACGCUGACCCCAGAGCAGUGUCUACAGAGAGAGCUUCUCCUCACUCACCUUAGCUCUGAGUUUUGCUGUGAAGGGAAAGAAUUUUGUGUUCCUACACCGGUGGCACUGUUGCAGAAAUAAAAAAAAAAAAGAGCCAUCUGUUUGUAUUUUGUAAGAGUUUCUAACGUUGACAAUGUUAUUGGUGGAGUGAUUGAUAUCAGACUAAACUGAUUUUGUUGAGAUCACCUUUAUUAUCAAUGACUGCCUUGUUUGCCAUUUGGAUUAAAGAACACAAACUGGGCUGGCUCCAGCAGUGUAGGGCUCUCUCAUUACAGCUCACUGUGCAAUGUUAUUUCCAUUUUUUAUAAUGGAAUUUUGUUUAGCUCUUGUCUUAAAGCCAUGUACCAGAGUGGUAACCAGUGGACUGUCCUGCACAGAUUUAGCUCCUGAAGCUGACACUAUAAUCGCAUGAAUCCCGUUGAAGUACAAGGGACGGCAUGUUUUUGUUUUCUCUGACAUGCACAUUAUCAUGAACUUGCCAUUUUUAGUAUGUUUUUUCUGUUGUUAUUUUUUCCCCUUAGUUUAUUUUAUAUUAUUUUUAAUUAUUUGUAAUUGUUGAUCAUACUUGUGAGGACAAACAUGAAAUUAUCAUUUUGUGUUCAUGUAUUUAGUAUGUGUUAUUUUAUAGUCAUGCCUGCCUGUAAAAUUUUGGUCACACCAAAUAUUCCACCGGACAUACAAACACCUGGAUACAAGGCAUUUGCAGGGUUAAUCUAAAGCCAUCAUACUGUAAUGAUGUUUUAUUGGGAUAAUUGUUUAUCAAAAUCAAGCAAUUGAAGCAAUUGUUUUUCCUUUUCACUUAGUAUAUAACCACAUGUUUAGAGAUCUACCUUGUCUGUGUGCAGUCUGAUUUGUCAGGUUAGGAGAAGCACAAAGUGUAACAGACUGUUAUCUGGCUUCAUACAUUUCUUAUGUCACAUUCUGCACACUUGUUUUCUUUUUUGUGUGUGCUAACUCAGAGUUAUGUGAGCGGUGGAUCACACAGACUCGAGUGUCUUGGUGUGCUUUUAUUCUGUUUCAAUCCCUUAUCUACCUCCAAUGUAAAUUCUGUGAUACAAUUCCACUCUGUCAUCCAAUCUGUCAGUUUAAAAAAUAUAAUUAUUUCUUUGCCUUAAUUUCUGCUUUUGGUACAGUUGUAGUAAAGACAAAGAUUCCACCAAAAAUGAGAGACAGUUAUGUAAGCUACCUCUGUGCCUGUUGUGUAAGUGAUGGAUUAACAUUUGUUUAGAAAAAUUCAAAGACUGGAGAGAAAUCAAUUUUAUAAACCUAUGUAUACUACCUGCAGAUGUAGUUUAGUUGCAUCUAACAUAUAAACUUUAUUAGAAACACUGA